UGUGAUUUUCCUGUUCGCGCCUGCAGGGCAAGGACCAUCACUGCUGGCCUCAUUUUCGUGAUAUUUGGUGAUCUCACUGACGAUUGUUUCUGUGAUGAGGGAGGUCCUGUGGAGAACGGGGUGGGCGGCAUCGGAAUCUUCAACUUCUUGGGGUGACUUAAUGGUGUCGGAUUCCAGUUUUUGUCAAUGGGACAUUUAAAAAAUUACCUAAUGUUUCAUUCAAGGUCCACAGUGUGAAUUUUUGUUUUUCAUGAAGGAUUACUUUCUCCUUUUAAAGAAGGCUCUUCUAGUAGUUCUUUCUAGGGCUCUUUUUCUUUUUUUACUUACCAUUCUUUCAAAAUUCUGCUGUUUAGGCAUUACAGUAGGGGCUUUAAAAAUGCUUCAUUAGGCCAAGGCACUAACGUUCAGUAAUAGCAGUUAACCUAUAAAACUUUUCAUUGUGUUGUCUAAUAAUUCAAAAUGAAACAGUUUAUGAAACAUGAAAGUUACAUGGUAUCACACAAUUAACUGUUUUGUAUUAGUUCAUUUCAGCAUCAAAACUAGGAAAAGUAAUUAGGAAUGGCUGUGGAGGAACUUCAGUGCAUAAUAAAAAGAUGUCAAAUCCUAGAAGAGCAUGAUUUUAAAGAAGAAGAUUUUGGCCUCUUUCAGCUAGCAGGCCAAAGAUGCAUUGAAGAUGGGUAUAUAAACCAGCUGCUAGAGAUUAUUCAAGAUGAAAAGAACAAGACCAUCAUUAAGACUAUGGGGUGGAAUCUUGUUGGUCCUGUUGUUCGAUGCCUCCUGAGGGGCAGGGAAGAGGAUAAAAGAGAAGAGUGUUUUCUGAUAUUUGAUUUGCUGGUGAAGUUGUGUAAUCCAAAGGAAUUGUUGUUGGGUUUGCUUGAACUCAUUGAAGAGCCCUCCGGGAAACAGAUAUCUCAAAUUAUUCUUCUUUUACUGCAACCAUUACAGACAGUUAUUCAGAAACUUCCUAACAACAAGGCAUACUCGGCUGGAUUAGCAUUGUCCACGCUCUGGAGUCAGCUGUCUCUUCUUCCUGUCCCACACUCAGAAGAACAAAUACAGGCAGAUGACUAUGGCCUUUGUCAGUGUUGCAGGGCCUUGACAGAGUUCACAAAACCCUUUGUGGCAGAAGUAGCUAGUGAUAAAGAAGACCCAGCAAACACAAAGCUGAAGGAUGAACUACUGAAAUUCUGUUUCAAAAGCUUGAAAUGCCCUUUGCUGACAGCACAAUUCCUCGAACAGUCUGAAGAAGUUGGAAAUGACCCUUUCCGGUGUUUUGCAUCUGAAAUAAUAGGAUUUUUAUCACAAAUUGGAUAUCCUGUCCCCCAAAUUAUUCUUAAUCAUGGAAGGAAAAAAAGGACUUGGGAUUACCUUGAAUUUGAAGAAGAAGAAGACAGACAACUGGCAGACUCUGUGGCUUCUCUGACAUACCUAGUCUUUGUUCAGGGCAUCGGUAUCGACCAGCUUCCCAUGGUCUUAAGCCCUUCAUACCUUUUGCAGUUGAACAUGGAGCACAUUGAAGUGCUUCUGCAAAGAACAGAACAGUCUGUCUACUCCAAAGGCUUGGAACUGCUGGAGACUAGCUUAUUGAGAUUAGAAGACAACAGCCUAUGUUAUCAGUACCUAGAAAUCAAGAGUUUCCUUGCUGUGCCUCAGGGCUUAGUCAAAGUCAUGACACUCUGUCCCAUUGAGACACUGAGGAAAACAGGGUUAGCCAUGCUUCAGCUGUACAUCGACAAGUUGGACUCCCAAGGCAAAUACACAUUAUUUAGGUGCUUACUAAAUACGAGUAAUCACUCAGGUGUGGAAGCCUUUGUAAUUCAAAAUAUCAAAAAUCAGAUUGAUUUAUCAUUUAAGAAAACCCAUAACAGGUGGUUUGCAGGCGCACAGCUGACCUCUCUGUUAGACCUGGUCCUGUCCCUCCCUGAGGGCGCUGAGACAGAUUUACUGCAGAACUCAGACCGGAUUAUGGCUUCACUAAAUUUGUUGAGGUAUUUGGUUAUCAAAGAUAAUGAAGAUGACAACCAAACUGGAUUAUGGACAGAGCUUGGAAAGAUUGAAAAUAACUUUCUACAGCCACUUCAUGUAGGACUUAAUAUGUCAAAGGCACAUUAUGAAGCAGAGAUUAAAAACAGCCAACAAAAUAGCCAAGCAGCCUCGAUGUGUAAAAGUGUUUGUUCUGUGACUGUAGGCGGAGAAGAAAUCCCCACUAUGCCUCCUGAGAUGCAGCUUAAGGUCUUACAUUCCGCCCUCUUCACAUUCGACUUGAUUGAAAGUGUCCUGGCUCGAGUCGAAGAACUCAUUGAAAUCAAAUCAAAGUCUACCUCUGAGGAAAACGCUGGGAUGAAGUAAAAGCUCUACUUCAUGAAUAAAAACCAAUAAAAUGCCAUUUUUCAUUAUACUUUAUACUGCCAUAAAAUAGUUGCAGAAAUUUUACUACAAGAAAAAUUGCAUAAUUCUUUUUAACAAGACAGCGUUGUUUUGGCCGUCAGCUUCUGAUGCACAUCAGCAGUAAACAGCCUUUGCUUUCAGAAGCCUGCAGAGAUGGCGCGGUGGUGAAGAGCAGCACUUCCUGCUCUUGCAGAGGACCUGGGUCCAGUUCUCAGCACCCACAUGGAGGGCACAGCUGUAACUGAGAUGCAGAGGAGGUGACACCCUCUUCUGGCCUCCAUGACACCAGGUACCCAUGUGGGACAGAAAGGCAGAGAGUUCGAGGUCAACCUGAUCUACAAGGUGAGAUUAAGGACAGCCAGGCUUGCUACACAUUACAAAAUAAAACAAAACAAAACAAAAAAAA